AUGACGAUUCCGGUGACCAAUCCGGUGGUGUCGGAGAUCCCCUUGUCGACAGCAAACCCUAGUUCGUUGCCGUCAUCGACGGUCGCGUCCUCGGGUGCGCAUACCCUCAUGUCGAUGGAGGAGGUUGUGGCCAUGAUUCGUCGAUUGGAGGCGAGAUUUAAUGAACGAGAGGACAAGGGUAGGGCCCAACAGCCACCGCCCCCACCGGAUCCCGAUCCUCCCUACGGGAUGCCUCCCGGGUGGCGCGCACCGUCGUGGAUUCCAGGAGGGUCGACGGCGUCGCUGCCGGAGCCGUCGUACACAUACUCGCCUGCCGUUGUGACGCCGUAUUCGGCGCCUUCUUCCUUCGCAGUGCCCGGUGCGAGGGUAGGGUUUCGACACCCUUCACGCUUCCCACCGUCUCAGUCCGUGCUGCCCGUGCCGCCGUCGUCGUCUCACGACCAGUCGACGUGGGACCUUCCACCGUCACAGCAGCCUUCGACUUGGGAUCUACCGGCCUCCAGCCCGGCAUUUGAGCAGUCGGGUCACCGUUAUAAUUCCGCGGCGACGGGGAGCGACUCAUCUAGGCUGUUUCGAAUGGAGCCCCCAAUCUUCGAUGGUUCGGAAGCGCAGAGUUGGGUGACGAGGAUUCAGUAUUACUUCGACCACAUCAAGAUGCCGGAGAAUCAGAGGUUGCAUUACGUGGUGAUGUUAUUCGCCCCGCCUACUACGGAAUGGAUAUUUUCUUAUAGGGCGAAUAAUCCCCGCGUCUCUUGGUCUCAGUUUUUGGAGGAUGUCCGUAGGCGUUUUGAUGUCAAUUACUUCGUUGAUUACAGGGAAUUAAUUGCUAAAUUGACUCAGACGGGUUCGGUAUCAGAUUAUAACAAGGAGUUUGAGCGCAUGAUGAGCCAUAUUCACGGUGUUUCCGAGUCGAUGUUGCUCUCGAUUUAUUUGGGGGGUUUACGCCAUUCCGUGAAGGUUCAGGUUCGGUUCCAGCAUCCGACGUCGGUAGCGGCUGCCAUGGCUAUAGCAAGUGAGUUCGAGGGGGUUUCGGACCGGGGAACCGCGCCGGGACGCCGGCAAUGGCCGAACCGGGAGAUACGGCCUGCUGGGGGAGUCGGGCCUUCAUCCACGCCGACUGAACAGCCCCCAUCAGCCCCUCCGCCUUCGGGGAGCCGCUCGAGAGACUACUCCAAGCUGCCGGUUGUUCGUCUCACGGCAGCGGAGAAGGCGGAAAAGACCCGCCUAGGCCUUUGUUGGUUUUGUUCAGAAAAAUGGGCGAGUGGUCACGUUUGUAAGGGCCGGUUCCUAGCUUAUAUUGGCUCUGAUGAUGAAGACGAGGCGGAGACAACUCCCGUGGAGCCGGCUACGUCCUCGGCGGAGGUUAUUACGGCGGAUCUUUCGCAUCUUUAUCACAUGGAUGGUCGGACUCGCGUGGCUGCAAUGGAAUUUCGGGGAUUUCUUGGCAAGGCAGAUGUUCGGAUUCUGGUUGACACCGGUAGCACGCACAAUUUCGUGCACCCCCGCGUGGCCGAGAAGGUGGAGUUACCUCUCAAGGAGAUUCGCUCGUUUAGGGUUUACGUGGGGAACGGAGAAUCUUUGGUUUGCUCCAACAUGGCAUCUAAGGUGGAGCUGCGGAUUCAAGGCCAUGCUUUGCCUUUGGAUCUUCACGUAUUGCCCAUUCACGGACCCGAUGUGAUAUUGGGUAUGGCUUGGCUUAGCUCGCUUCACAGAGUGACAAGCGACUAUGAUGCGGGGUUGCUUGAGUUCCAUCAUAACGGCCGGCUAGUUCGCUUACGCGUCUCACCGAGGUCAGCCCGUCAGGUGUCGGCGAGCUCGUUGGCGUCGCUUAUGCUCCACCAAGAGGUGGUGGAGUGUUUUGAGUUGGUGGCUUUGGAAGGCGAGUCUUUGGCCGAGUCCGAGCCGUUGGAGUUGCCGCCCGACAUCCCUACCGCCGUGAGGGAGACGAUUCUGGAGCAUGCAGCCGUGUUCGCCAUUCCUACAGGCCUCCCGCCUUCGCGGGCUUUCGACCACCGCAUACACUUGCUCCCGUCCACGAAGCCGGUGAACGUCAGGCCGUACCGGUACCUCUACUUUCAGAAGACGGAAAUCGAGCGGCAAGUGAGAGAGAUGCUUGAGGCAGGCAUCAUUCGUCGUAGUUGCAGCGCUUUUUCAUCACCGGUGCUCCUGAUACGGAAGAAAGACGGAUCUUUUCGCUUUUGCAUUGAUUACCGUGCUUUAAAUACAGUAACCGUGGCAGAUCAUUUUCCGAUUCCAACCUCUGAUGAAUUAUUUGAUGAAUUGGGGGCAGCCCGAUUGUUUACGAAGCUGGAUUUAAGGUCGGGGUACCAUCAGAUUCGUAUGCACGAGGAGGACAUCUAUAAGACAGCAUUUCGAACGCAUGACGGCCACUUUGAGUUCUUGGUCAUGCCAUUUGGUCUUACGAAUGCUCCAUCGACGUUUCAGGCAGCUAUGAAUGACAUAUUCCGUCCAUUGCUUCGCAGAUUUGUCAUCGUCUUCUUCGAUGAUAUUCUCAUCUACAGUCGCACGGUCCCGGAGCAUGCCGAACACUUGAGAGAGGUGUUUUCUAUCCUACACCGCCAUCACUUUUAUAUUAAAUUAUCUAAGUGUUCUUUUUGCUGUGAUUCGGUUGAAUACUUGGGACAUAUUAUUGCAGAUGGCAAUCUCAAAGCCGACCCGUCCAAAAUCGAAGCAAUGGUGGCGUGGCCUCGCCCUACGAAUGUGCGGAAGUUGCGAGGGUUUCUAGGCCUAACGGGGUAUUACCGACGUUUCAUUGCGGGUUAUGCUAUGAUAGCGACCCCGUUAACCGAUCUAUUGAAGAAGGAGGCGUUUGUUUGGUCUUCGGAGGCGGAGCAGGCGUUUCAAGCUCUGAAAUCGGCAAUGACAUCGGCUCCCAUCUUGCGUUUGCCCGAUUUCUCCAAGACAUUCUACGUCGAAACCGAUGCCUCGGACUUUGGCGUGGGCGCAGUUCUGCUUCAGGAGGCACAUCCAAUUGCUUUCUUUAGCAAGAAGUUGGGCCCGAGACGUAGAGUGACCUCGACUUAUCACAAGGAGUUGUAUGCAAUAGUCGAGGCAGUUCAGAAGUGGCGUCAGUAUCUCUUGGGGAGCGAGUUUGUCAUAAGAUCGGAUCAGAAGAGCCUUCGGGAGUUGUUGCAGCAGGUUAUUCAGACUCCGGAUCAACAGUUGUAUAUCCGUAAGUUGAUGGGGUACAAAUUCAGAAUUGAAUACAAAUCGGGCGCAACUAAUAAGGUGGCGGAUGCGUUAUCGAGGCGUGACGAGGCCGAGAUGGGGGACGGGGAGGCCGAAACUUUGUUGUUGGCCGUAGCUCACCCUCUGCCGGAAAUAUUAGAGAUUUUAAGGGCUGAUGUGAGGACUAAUGGGGAGUUGAUGGAAUUAAUGGGCCAAAUUCAAGAAGGGCAAGCUCCUGCCGGAUAUCGUGUGGCCGACGGCCUCAUCUACCGUGGGCGGCAGCUCGUAGUGGCAUCUUCGUCGGCAGCGAAGCCGGCCCUCUUGUACGAACAUCAUGCUACACCUUCGGCAGGUCACCCGGGCGUGGAAAGGACGUUGCGACGUUUGGCGUCGACAUUUUAUUGGGCAGGGAUGCGAAGUGAUGUUAAGAAGUUCGUAGCUUCGUGUGUGGACUGCCAAACGACUAAGUAUUCAACACAGAAGCCGGGUGGUUUACUACAGCCAUUACCCAUUCCGAUGCAAGUUUGGGAAGAUGUCUCGAUGGAUUUUGUUACCGGUUUACCACAAUCGAGGGGAUUUACGGCGAUUAUGGUGGUGGUGGAUCGCUUGUCGAAAUACGCACAUUUUGCGCCAUUGCCUACGAGUUUUGAUGCUUGGAGAGUUGCCAAUUUGUUUGUGGAAACGGUGGUGAAACAUCAUGGAUUCCCGAAUUCUAUUGUAACGGACCGGGAUUCGGUAUUCCUCAAUGAAGUGUGGGAAAAUAUGAUGAAGUUGAGCGGUACGAAGCUGAAAUUCACCACGGCUUAUCACCCUCAGUCCGAUGGUCAGACGGAGGUGUGCAAUCGAGGCUUGGAGCAGUAUCUCAGAGUUUUUGUGGCGGAUAGACCGACGAGAUGGACGAAUUUUCUCCCGUGGGCGGAAUUGGCCCUAAACUGCAGCCAUCAUGCGGGUCUAGGAACCUCGCCAUUUCAAGCUUUGUAUGGCAGGGAACCGCCGGCUCUUGUUGCGGUCUCUCCUCCUUCGACGUGUCCUCCGGCGGUGGCGGAUGUGAUUCGGCAACGUGGAGAGCUAUUGGUGUGGUUGCGGAAGAAUCUUGAGAGAGCCCAACAAAGCAUGCGUGACUCGGCUAACAAACACCGCCGCCAUGUCGAGUUCGAGGUCGGCGAUCGCGUAGCUUAUCGUUUGUCGCUGCCCGAAGGAAGCAAGAUCCAUGACGUGUUCCACGUAAGCUUGCUUCGACCGUAUGUCGAGGGUGGAGCCACGGCAGUUUCGGAGUUCCCGUCUUUUUUUGCUCGGGGUCGGGUCGUUUCUCGGCCUAUCAAAUGGACGGCGACUAGGCGGGUAUGGCGCAAUGGGGUUGCCGUGGAGGAAGGCCGUCUGCUGUGGGAUGAUGAUAAUGGCCGUGUCCCUUCUUGGGAGCCGUUGGAGGUCAUAUCACGGCGAUUUCCGACUUUAAUCCUUGAGGACAAGGAUUCGGUUAACGUGGGGGGAGUUGAUACGUGUGACGUAUCUUCAAAGGAGGAUGGUAACCCACGGCUUGAGGAGGUGCAGCGGCAAGAGGAGAGGCAGCCGGAGUUUGUGACUUACGAGACGAAUGAGACGAGUGAGGCGAGCCGUGGGGAGGAAGGGCGUAUGAGUCGUCCGCAACGGAGGGUCCGCAAGCCAAGGAAGUACGAGGAUUUCAUACCUCAUCGUUAG